AUGCUUAAUAAAUUAGGUGGAAAAGAAGAAAAAAUUCAUGUAUUAAAAAUGGAUAUUAAAAAUUGGUAUAGAUCAAUACGAUCUGUAAUUCAAUUUAUUGAUAAUGAAAUGAUUGGUAGACAACCUUUUCAACAAAUAAAUAUAUCAUAUCCAUGUAAUAUAAUAAGAGAAACAAGACGAUUAGUUUUAAUACGAGAUUUAAAAUAUCAAGAACAAUCAACAUGUCCAACACAAAUUAAAAUUCUAUCCGAUGAAGAUAUAUUAACAUCACCUUCUUAUACAAGUGAUAUUAAUUAUGAUAAACUAAAAAAUAUUUUUUUUAAUGAUAGUUAUUAUAUUAAAAAACCAAAUAUGACAUAUAUUAAAUAUGAUUCAUAUAAUAAAUCGGAUUCAUAUAAUAAAUCUGAUUCAAAUGAUAAUAAAAAUAAAAAAAUAAAACAAUGGAAUUUAUUUGAAAAGAUCAGUGUUGUUGUAAUAUUCAUAUUAUUGAUAAUUGCUAUAUUUGUAUAUCAUUGUAUUUGUGGAUCUUCUCAAUCUACUAAAACAUAA